GCCAACGGCCGCCAACCGCUGCCGCCAACGGCCGCCAACCGCCGCCACCGCGAGGCGGCCCCAGAUACAAUAAUGACCCUGAAGGUUCAGCUCAUGUUUGGCUUCCUCUGGUGUGUGCUUUUUCUGCCUAUAGAUGGCUUCCCAGCAGACAGCAGUACUGAAUUCCGCUCUGCUUUCUCUGUAGCCAGAACCAGCAGCAUGGAAGGGAGCUCUGAGAUGGUCAUUACAUUUGACAAAGUGUAUGUGAACAUUGGCAAUGAUUUUGAUCCGAAGACAGGGUUGUUCCGAUGUCGGAUCCCUGGAGCCUAUUACUUCUCUUUCACUGUUGGGAAAUACCCGAAGAAAAAUUUGUCUGUCAUGCUGAUGAGAAACAAGAAUGAGGUACAAGUGAUUGUGUACGAUGAACAUCACCGCAAGGAACGGAAGGUAGCCAGCCAGAGUGCCAUGCUGCAGCUUGACUAUGGUGACACAGUCUGGCUGCGUUUGCAUGGAGACCCCAAGUAUGCUCUCUACAGCAACGUGGGCCCCUAUACAACUUUCAAUGGCUAUCUAAUCUAUCCAGACACUUCUGCCUUCUUCCAGAAUGCUCUGAGCUCUCAGGAGCUGGGGCCACCCCAUCACAAUAUUCAACAACUUCCAGGAGAGCAGAAUGAGGCUUCACAGCGACACGUGUUAUCUGAUCAACCAAACAGGGAGCAAGACCCUCGCUCUGCAUUUUCUGUCGCUCGCUCACAAAGUCUCCUGGGGACAGAUGACAAGCAAACCCAACAUGAACCAAUCACAUUUGAUACGGAGUUUGUGAAUAUUGGAAAAGAUUUCAAUUCUUCUAGUGGCAUCUUCUCAUGCCGUAUACCUGGUGCAUAUUAUUUCUCCUUCACCAUUGGCAAAAUGCCCUUUAAGACUAUGUCAGUGAAACUUAUGAAGAACCACAAUGAAGUGCAGGCCAUGAUCUAUGAUGACAACCACUCCAAGAGGCGGGAGAUGCAAAGCCAGAGUAUUAUGCUGCCCCUGCAAUAUGGGGACACUGUCUGGCUCUACAGCCAUCAACAUGAUGGCUAUGGUGCCUACAGCAACCAUGGCAAGUACAUCACCUUCACGGGCUUCCUGAUCUAUUCAGAGGCUCAGUCAAAGUGGCUUCCAGGUGCCAACUCACCCCAAGGGUCAGAAAAUUAAAUGUGAAUGUGAAAGGAGCAUUAAGAGAAGCCAAGGUGCCAUGUACUUGGGUGUAACUCCUGUUCAGGUAUCAUCCUCUAACAUUGAGCAUGCUAACAUGUGUCCAGUGCUUUCCUUAUGCUGCACGCUUGUGCCAUGGCUGCAGGGCUGUUGCUGUGUCUGUCAUUCAUCCAUAGAAAGGUCUUUACAGGAUGUGUGUGUGUGUCCCAUGUUGGUGUUUGAUUUAAGCAUAAAGCAUGAGAUAGUUUUGGGGGCAGGGGUGGGACAAUGUAGUUAGAUGCUGAGGUUCAGAGAGCCACUGCAGCAAUGUUACUGCAGAUCCCUAGCAUCCAUAAAGCAAAAGACUUUAUUUGCAUAGCUGGGGAGGGAAAAAA